AUGAAGUCAGGCUGGGCGGCUGGAUCUCCAGGGAAUGAAUGGAUUUUCUUCAGCACCGAUGAAAGAAACAUACACUGCCAGAAAACAAUGUGCACCGGGGGACCGCAAAGAUCUGCCAUCCUGUCAGCAUUCAUUCUCCUGCAAGCUGUUACCGGAUUCUCUGGAGACGGCAGAGCUGUGUGGUCUAAAAAUCCUCAUAUUAGUCCGGUAAAUGAAAGUCAGCUAUUUCUCUAUGACACUUUUCCUAAAAACUUUCUUUGGGGUGUCGGGACUGGAGCAUUUCAAGUGGAAGGGAACUGGAAGACAGAUGGAAAAGGACCCUCUAUAUGGGAUCAUUUUAUCCAAACACACCUUAAAGAUGUCAACGGCACGAAUGGUUCCAGUGACAGUUACAUUUUUCUGGAAAAAGACUUAUCAGCCCUGGAUUUUAUCGGAGUUUCUUUCUAUCAGUUUUCAAUUUCCUGGCCAAGACUUUUUCCCACUGGAAUAGCAGCAGUUGCCAAUGCAAAAGGUCUCCAGUAUUACAAUACUCUUCUCGAUGCUCUAGUACUUAGAAACAUCGAACCAAUAGUUACUUUAUAUCAUUGGGACUUGCCUUUGGCCCUACAAGAAGACUAUGGGGGAUGGAAAAAUGAAACCAUAAUAGAUAUCUUCAAUGACUAUGCCACUUACUGUUUCCAGACGUUUGGGGACCGUGUCAAAUACUGGAUUACAAUUCAUAAUCCAUAUCUAGUUGCUUGGCAUGGGUAUGGGACAGGUAUGCAUGCACCUGGAGAGAAGGGAAACCUAGCAGCUGUCUACUCUGUGGGACACAACCUCAUCAAGGCUCAUUCUAAAGUUUGGCAUAACUACAACAUAAACUUCCGCCCACACCAGAAGGGCUGGUUAUCAAUCACGUUGGGAUCCCACUGGAUUGAACCAAACAGAUCAGAAGACAUGAUGGAUAUACUCAAGUGUCAACAGUCCGUGGUUUCAGUGCUCGGGUGGUUUGCCAAUCCUGUCCAUGGGGACGGAGACUACCCAGACGUGAUGAAAAAGAAGUUGCUCUCCAUUCUACCCCUUUUCUCUGAAGCAGAGAAGAAUGAAGUGAGGGGCACGGCUGACUUCUUUGCCUUUUCCUUUGGACCCAACAAUUUCAAGCCCCAGAACACCAUGGCUAAAAUGGGACAAAAUGUGUCACUCAAUUUAAGAGAAGUGCUGAACUGGAUUAAACUGGAAUAUGGCAACCCCCGAAUCUUGAUUGCUGAGAACGGCUGGUUCACAGACAGUCAUGUGAAAACAGAAGACACCACAUCCAUCUACAUGAUGAAGAAUUUCCUCAACCAGGUUCUUCAAGCAAUAAGGUUUGAUGAAGUACGAGUGUUUGGCUACACCGCCUGGUCUCUCCUGGAUGGCUUUGAAUGGCAGGAUGCUUACACCACUCGCCGAGGAUUAUUUUAUGUGGAUUUUAAUAGUAAAGAAAAAGAAAGAAAGCCCAAGUCUUCAGCACAUUACUAUAAACAGAUCAUACAAGAAAAUGGUUUUACUUUAAAAGAGUCCACGCCAGACAUGCAGGGUCAGUUUCCCUGCGACUUCUCCUGGGGUGUUACUGAAUCUGUCCUUAAGCCCAAGGCGGUGGCUUCCUCCCCACAGUUCAGCGACCCUCACCUGUACGUGUGGAAUGUGACGGGCAACAGACUGUUGCACCGAGUGGAAGGGGUGAGGCUGAAAACACGGCCAGCUCAAUGCACAGAUUUUGUCAGCAUCAAAAGACAACUUGAGAUGUUGGCAAGAAUGAAGGUCACUCACUACAGGUUUGCUCUGGACUGGCCCUCGAUCCUUCCCACUGGCAACCUGUCCGUGGUUAACCGACAAGCUCUGAGGUACUACAGGUGUGUGGUCAGUGAGGGGCUGAAGCUCAACAUCUCCCCAAUGGUCACGCUGUACUAUCCGACCCACGCCCACCUGGGUCUCCCCACAGCCCUGCUGCACAGCGGGGGAUGGCUGAACGCAUCCACAGUCCAGGCCUUCCAGGACUACGCUGGGCUGUGCUUCCAGGAGCUGGGGGACCUGGUGAAGCUCUGGAUCACCAUCAAUGAGCCCAACAGGCUGAGCGACGUCUACAGCCACACUAGUAACGACACUUACCGGGCAGCCCACAACCUGCUGAUUGCCCACGCCCUGGUCUGGCACCUCUACGACAGGCGGUACAGGGCGGUGCAGCACGGGGCCGUGUCGCUGUCUCUGCACUCGGAUUGGGCGGAGCCCGCCAACCCCUACGUGGACUCGCACCUGCAGGCCGCCGAGCGCUUCCUGCAGUUCGAAAUCGCCUGGUUCGCAGAACCCCUCUUCAAGACCGGGGACUACCCGUCGGCCAUGAGGGAGUACAUCGCCGUCAAGAACAGGCAGGGGCUCUCGCGCUCCGCGUUGCCUCGGUUCACGGAGGAGGAGAGGCGGCUGGUCAGGGGCGCGGCGGACUUCUACGCGCUGAACCACUUCACCACCUGGUUCGUGAUGCACGCGCGCCAGAACGGCAGCCGCUACGCCGCCGACCGGGACGUCCAGUUUCUGCAGGACAUCACCGGCCUGAGCUCCCCCAGCCGCCUGGCCGUCACGCCCCGGGGGCAGCGCAAGGUGCUGAAGUGGAUCCAGAAGAACUACGGAGACGUGGAUGUUUACAUCACGGCCAAUGGCAUCGAUGACCAGUCUCCGGAGAACGAUGAGCUCCGAAAAUACUACUUAGAGAAAUACAUUCAGGAGGCUUUGAAAGCACACCUGAUUGAUAAAGUCAAAAUCAAAGGCUAUUAUGCAUUCAAACUGACUGAAGAAAAAUCUAAACCCAGAUUUGGAUUCUUCACAUCUGAAUUCAAAGCUAAGUCCUCAGUUCAACUUUACAACAAACUGAUCAACAACAGAGGCUUCCCUUCUGAGAACACUAGUCCUAGAUGCAGUCAGACUCCAAGAAACACGGAGUGCAUUGUCUGCUUAUUUCUUGUGCAAAAGAAACCACUCAUUUUCUUUGGUUGUUGCUUCUUCUCCACCCUGGUUCUACUUUUAUCAAUUACCAUUUUUCACAAGCGAAAGAGAAGAAAAAUUUGGAAAGCAAGGAACUUACAACACAUACCAUUAAAGUAAGGACACAGAGAGUUCUAAGUGAAACUGAUCCUACUUCUGUCUGCAUGAUAGAAAGUCUAAAAAUUCACUCCGGUUCUGUAUACUGGUAACUUAUAGAAGAAAUACCUAUAUUGUAGAAAGACUAUUUGAGACACUGGUGGUAACCAAGUGAUGACAAUCGAGGUCUCUGUUGUGUGGGUCAAAGGAAUUUUCCCUUAGGUGUUGACAUCACUGAAUUUGGUUUUUGGAUAUGAAGGUAAAGGCUUUACCCAGACAGUAAGCUAGGAGGAUUAUCUGAUACACUGCUCCAUGAAGCUGAAUAAGCUGUUUUCUAUCAUUCUUCUCUAAAUACCAGUAGGUACAUUUAACAAAUUAUUUUGAAAAAAGUACAACUUUGGUUAGACUCCACAGCAGAACUUUUAAAACUCUUAACACUGGAUAGUCAGUGACUCUUCUGUCACUUCUAAGGAAGUGCUUUUCCCCUUUAGAAAACACACAGUAGGAUAAGUAAUGCUCAUUUAUCAUCAGUUACAGCCUAUACUCAAGUCCAUUGAUCCUAGUUUUUCUCAAUAGAAAUAAAAGUUAUCAUUCACAAGAUACAAAAUUUUGUUGGGUCUCUUGUCAGAUCCAGUUUUUUAAAAACACUUAUUUUCCAUAACUCAUCUCAUGGAAAGGUCAUAGGACUAAGAUUAAGGAGAGCUAGACUCACUUGCCUGCAGUACUGCAAACUCCUUUAGACAAAUUGACAGCAUCCUUCCUCGCUUGAUUGUGAGGUGAAAAACAAGAUCUUACGUACUUGGGAAAGCUAAACAUUCUAAAAAAGAUGUCAAGUUUUGUUAUCAAGUCAUCAAAGGACUCUAUUAGUCUGUAAGACUUGGGUCUCUCCUCAGCUCCAGUUUGGACACCAUGUGAACAAAGGGAACCUCUCAAAGAGGUUUAGAAUGCAGCUGUAUUUUGACCUUGCAACUGUGAUUCUUUGGAUACAUAACGUUGAUGGUUUGAAUGAGUUGAAACAUUUUUCAUUGUACCUUUUUAGGCUGGGAUUAAGUAAAUUCUUAAAUCUGAACUAGGAGUUUGACUUUAACUCCAUGCUUAAGAUCUGUUGUGUAUUCUAAACUGGAAUGUAAACCCAUUCAUACCCAUCCUUUAGGUUGGUCAACAUUUAAAUCGCCACCCACUACACAUAGUAGCUAAUCACUGUGUCACCGAAUCAACACCACUCUCCAGGAAUCAACGGAGUCAAAGGAAAGCUUUUUUUGUUCAAAAAGCCUUGGUAGAAAACUACCCUAAAUUUAGGCAAUUGUGAUUGUUUUCCAGGUCCACCUAGAUCAGAAGCCAAAUUUUACAUGGAAAUGAGGUCCUAAUUGAUAAUGAAUAGCAGUGUUUCAAAGACACUAUAGUGAGAGAAGACGAUUGGUCAAAUAAAUGCAAAAGUGAUGGGAAAUUAAUUUGCCUUUUGGCUGGCCAAAUUUAAACAGUAAAUUUUAUUUUAUUCUCCUUGCCCCCAAAGCAUCCACUCUCCCACCUUUGGCAAUUUUUAGAUUAUGCUUAUGUUUCCAAUGAUUUUUUAUUUCCUCUUUGAGAACAAGUGGGCCUAAGGCUAUCCACAAUUAUAACUGGUUGUUCUAUUGUUCACUAUGUGGAAAGAAUGUCAUUUAAAAGAAAACACUUGGCUGGUUCCGCUUCCCCUUUGUGUCACAGAUUCACGGACCCCAAAGUUCCAGUGAGUAUUCUAAGUAUUAGUUGAACUUAUCAACUUUUAAAUCUCCAUCAUCUUGAAAAAGGAAUGCACAUUCAUAUUAGGAUUAACACAACAUUUAGAAUUAAAUUUAGGUUUUGCCUUUCUGGGGUCUACUUUGUGCUCUUUGAUCCAAAAGUACCUUGGAGAUUAUUUGGCUCCAUUGAUCUUAGGGUUCUGUGCACUCAGUAGGGAGCCUGCUUGGGAUUCUCUACCUUUCCCACCCUGCUCAGGCCCUCCCAAACAUUAAAAAGAUAUCUUGUAUUUAUAGUUAACCUUCACUACCAUUUAAGUCUUUACAGCUUAAAAUUUAUGUCCAUUUGCAAACUCACCAUACAUAACUUCCCCCCUGCUCCAAUAGUCAAGUCCUUAAACCUGUGCUUACAGUCCUAACACCUAGGAGUCAUUUUACAAGCCUUUAACCACCAUCGUUCAAGAAUCCUUAGGUAGAUAUUUAAUCUAAAUCAUGAUCAAUUAUACUUUUCAGAUUUAUACCAAACUCAUUUAAGAAUUGUCAAGUUAUCAUUUGAAACUGCUGAUAGCUUUUGACAAGAUCUUCAAAAUUUAAGCCUGAGACUUGCUGGGGGAAGGGAGGGCAUCAUCUUAAAAUCAAAUUAACUUGCUCUAUUUUGUGCAUGCUAGUUUUGUGUAUUCAAUGUAACACAAUGUAAUAACCCUCUCUCACUAAGUCUGGUUUAUCUGGAAAAUAUUACAACAUAUCCAUGUUGUUUAAAGAUCCUCUGUAAAAAGGUGGUCAGUACAUCUUGAUGAAUUCUCAAUGCAAUUUAUUCCAAAUAAACAGUUUACGCUGAUUAUUUAUAUCCAA